AUGAGCCCCAAGGAACCCAAACAUUUGAUGGAAGCCUCUCUAUUGGCCGGUGCUCAGGGGGGAAAGGGCCCCGUCGAAUGCAAGCACGCCCCGCUGGCCCUUGUCUUUGAUAUGGGCCUCCACCGCCGCAAGUCUCACUAUACCUCGGGCUUGAUCUUCCAAGUUCUUGUCCCGCCCACGCUAGGGAAAGAAUUUGCUUCCCUUUUCCCUCCCCGGGCCCCCCAGGCCUCCUCCGAAGCCCCUCCAACCCCUUCACAGAGCGCCUCUGCUUCCUACUCGAGACAAGCUACCGGAGCCUCCCAUCGCUACCUGCGAUACUGUGUGAUCGAGGGGGGGCGUUACGACAGUCUGAUACUUGAACACCGCUCUCCCGCCCAGUGGGCGUCGCCCCUCCUGCUUGCCAUGGGCAUGACGGUUUCCAUCGAAAAACUCACGCGGGCCUCCUCCCCCUCUCCGUCGAUGCGAUACCUCGCCUCCCUUCCUGCGCCGGCCCCCCCGACGUCCUGA